GUCCGAGAGCGAGAAGCGGCCGUUCAUCGACGAAGCCAAGCGCCUUAGGGCUCUCCACAUGAAGGAACACCCGGAUUACAAAUACAGACCCCGGAGGAAAACCAAGACCCUCAUGAAGAAGGACAAGUACACCCUGCCGGGCGGACUUCUGGCGCCGGGCGGCAACGGCAUGGGCGCCGGUGUGGGUGUAGGGGCCGGGUUGGGCGCUGGGGUCAACCAGAGGAUGGACAGUUAUGCCCACAUGAACGGCUGGACCAACGGAGGCUACGGCAUGAUGCAGGAGCAGCUGGGUUACCCGCAGCACCCGGGACUGAACGCGCACAACACGGCGCAGAUGCAGCCCAUGCACCGCUACGACAUGAGCGCGCUCCAGUACAACUCCAUGACCAACUCGCAGACCUACAUGAACGGAUCGCCCACCUACAGCAUGUCCUAUUCGCAGCAAAGCACGCCGGGAAUGACGCUGGGCUCCAUGGGCUCGGUGGUCAAGUCUGAGUCCAGCUCGAGUCCGCCGGUGGUCACGUCGUCCUCUCACUCCCGCGCCGGACAGUGUCAAACGGGGGACCUGCGGGACAUGAUCAGUAUGUACCUGCCCGGGGCGGAGGUCCAGGAUCAGAGUGCCCAGAGCAGACUGCACAUGUCCCAACACUACCAGAGCGCACCUGUGCCCGGCACGACGAUUAACGGCACGAUUCCCUUAUCGCAUAUGUAAAUUAACUUUUCUACACUCCUUUGGACUAUUUUUGUACAGAACACUUUGGGGAGGGAAAAGUUGUAUAGAGCUCAAGGAAAGAACACAAACUUUUGCUUUCUAUUUAAAAAUGGAACGGUAGGAACUCCACACAGUUUUUCGUUCUGUUGUUCUUUUUUCCCUUUUCUGUUCUGUUCUGUUCUUUUUAUUAUUCCAGAAGGUGUAUGAGAUUUGGAAAGCUGAAACGGGGGAGAUCGAAUCAAAUGUUUUAUUAUUGCAAUCGACUUUUGUACAGUAUUUAUCAAAGACACAUAAUAACAACCAGAUGUAAUGUUUGUAAACAGCGGGAAGUUACAUUUUUUAUAAAAGGCAAAAUGAUGGCACAACUGAUGUUUACUUCAGUAUAUGCUUCAAUAUUCUUCUGCAAACGCUGAAAUGAAAGAACGGGAUAAAAAGAGUUUCUCGAUGAAGGUGCAUAGUAAUAAACCGUUAUUUUAUUAUAGUAGGCUAUUGUUAUUAUUAUUAAGUUCUAAAUGAGAGAACAAACAGAGGCACUCUCGCAGGUUAGGUUAUUUUAUUUGAUUCUUUUCGGUCUCACUCCUCAUCUGUUAGGUAUAUGAAGUUUGUGUUCUUUAUUUUCUCAUGGUUUGUAAAUUUUCUGUACAUUUUCUGUGAUAUUUUAAGUUUUUAUUUUAAAAACUUUCACUUUUCGUAGUUGUAAAAUGUGGCCUGUACGCAGUUGCCAACGCUCCAUGUAUAUACUUUAACUAAUAACAUCAUUAUAACAGUUACAAUCUGAGUUUUUUUUUCAAUAUGCAGUUUGAAAUG